AUCUGUUUACAGUUCACGAGGACCUCAGCUGCACUUCGGCGUUGCCUUCCCCUUUCCCAGGACUGUCAAUGGCAGCAUACCAGCUCUGGUCACCAUGGACCCCACUGGAUGAGAGCUUCCAAUGGCUGCGGCACACGUCACCUACUCCUUCCUCCAAACACCCAUUUAGGGGCUCCCCUUGUUUCCCCCACACUCCUUCUGACCUCGAAGUGCAGCUGUGCUUUCAAGAAGUCACUCUAGUCCUAGACAGCCCACUUGUGGAAACUGGAGAGAGCCCCAAGCUACCCUGCCACACACCAGAGUUCCGAACCGCAAACAACAAAAAAGGAAUGGUCUGGAAGCCCCAGCCCGUCCGCCUCAGUGGAGUAGAUUCUGUCUUUGGCAGGGUCAUCACAGCUCAGCCACCCAAGUGGACUGGGACCUUCAGAGUUUCAGACAAGUCAGCUUUUUGCAAAAUUAUCAGCAGAGAGCACCAGUGGCCUACUGGACUUAAGGAGCCUCAGAUUCAGAUGACAGUGACUAUGUGCAAACAGAUGCUCCGCUCUAUCCUCUUGCUGUAUGCGACAUACAAAAAGUGCACCUUUGCCUUGCAACAUUCCAAGUAAAGGGUUCCCACCUGACCCCAGUUCUCCAAACCAUGCUCUCUGGUAUGUACCGAAAGCUUACACAGACCUGUCCAUGUGAAUCAAACUGACAUCACGCCAGAUAUUUUGCUUUUCUGUCAAAUAGUGACAAUUGAGGAGUUCCUCUCCUCCUUUUCUCUCUAAAAAUGACCAAUGAUACUGAACAAGGAAGUCAUUUCCAUUGUAAAGUUGAAGGGCCAUUUAAAAGUCAAACUAACAUUGACGUGUACAUGUGGUAAAGAAACAAAUCAUAUAAACCAACCAGCCU